AUGGCCUCCACCGGAAAGACAUACAUUGUCGAGCAUCUUGACCCAGAGCUUGGGACUUGGUCGGAGCUCGAAUACCUCGCCGUCGCCCGCGAGUCUCAAGAUGCAGGUGCCAGGUUUUGUUUGUCUUCUCUUCCUCAAACUUUCCAAGUCCCUGAGGCAUUGAAGAACAUCCCUGCAUUCACCGCGGAGACUAGGAGUGUUGAAGAGCUGUAUGCAAGAGACAAGUCGCGCGUGUGUCUACUGGACCCAGCUGCUGCGAGUGAUCUAGCGCCAGAGGAUGGCGAUAAGUUUGACGCUUUCCUGUUUGGCGGCAUUUUGGGAGACGAUCCCCCGAGAGACCGCACUUCGGAGUUGCGGAAAAAGGGGUUCGAGGGCCGCCGGCUUGGCCCGGUGCAGAUGACUACCGAUACCGCGGUGCGAGUGACUAGACUUGUUGUCGAGGGCAAGACUCCCCUGAAGGAGGUUUCUUAUCUGGACCACCCUGAGCUCAAGUUCAACGAGCAUGAGAGCACUCAGAUGCCUUUCCGUUAUGUCAAGGGUGACGACGGGAAGCCCAUCAUGCCUGGGGUAAGCGUCACGUCCUCCAAUCUCGGCCAUCAAACUCACUGGGCAUAG